AAAGACAAUUAAGUAUCCUCCCUCUGAUGUACAGUAAGCUGACGUACAACAGAAGGAGGGAAGCAUUUGUUUGAAAAUCUAUAUAAACUUAAAAACACACAUAUAUAUGCCAAUACGCAGACACUUGAGGGAUGGAGAUCUCAGCUUUCUUUAUUUGCCUGAUCCUGUCUCUGGGUUUGUGUGAGCUGAACUCAGCUCUUGCCUUGAACAAAUCUGAUAAUGGUCUGAAACAAAGGUCUGGGCUUACAGAGGAUAGGACUGUUGCUGGGGUCAGCAUUGAGUCCUCAUCAGUGAAAUGUAAGCUCCAGGGUACUGCACGUCUACCUGCAUUCUCAAUGGAUGGUGACUACGUUAUUGGGGGUGUUUUCUCCAUCCACAGCUACAUGCACACAGUGAAGCAUAACUACACCACCAUGCCUGAGCCAAUAAGGUGCACAGGGAGCAUCAAAUCCCGUGAACUGCGCUUCUCACGUGCAAUGGUCUUUGCCAUCGAGGAGAUUAACAACAGCACACAGCUGCUGCCGGGCAUCAAACUCGGUUAUCAGAUCCAUGACUCGUGUGCCUCAGUGUCCCUGGUGGUGCAUUUGGCAUUCCAGCUUGCAAAUGGCCUGGACCCGGUGUUUUACACUGCUGACAACUGCUCUCAAUCUGGUAUGGUGAUGGCUAUCGUUGGUGAGUCUGGGUCCACGCCAUCCAUCAGCAUGUCACGCGUAAUCGGGUCCUUUAACAUUCCCCAAGUGAGCCACUUUGCCACUUGUGCAUGCCUGUCUAAUAAGCAGCAGUACCCGAGUUUCUUCAGAACAAUCCCUAGUGACCAGUUCCAGGCUGACGCACUGGCCAAGCUGGUAAAACGCUUUGGCUGGACUUGGAUAGGUGCUGUCCGGUCAGAUUCAGACUAUGGCAAUAAUGGCAUGGCAUCUUUCCUGGACGCAGCACAGAAGGAGGGGAUCUGUGUGGAAUACUCUGUAUCUUUCUAUCGGACCCACCCACGUAGCAGGAUCCAGAGAGUGGCUGAUGUUAUCCGCAGGUCAACAGCUAUGGUUGUUGUGGCAUUUACAGCCUCUGGAGACAUGAGGAUCCUGCUGGAGGAGCUGUCACGCGAGCCUUCUCCACCUCGCCAGUGGAUAGGCAGUGAGUCCUGGGUAACAGACCCAGACAUGCUGGGGUUCAGCUUCUGUGCUGGAGCUAUCGGAUUUGGUAUUCAGCAAUCUGUCAUCCCAGGUCUGAGAGAAUUCUUGCUGGAUCUCUCUCCCUCGAAAGUGGCUGCCUCUCCACUGCUUACUGAGUUCUGGGAGGGUGCAUUCAACUGCAGGCUGGGAAAAAGUGCCUCCAUAGAUGAGAAUGUGUGUAAUGGAUCUGAAGACAUACGAACGCUCCAGAGCCCGUACACUGACACAUCUCAACUCCGAAUCACUAACAUGGUGUACAAGGCUGUUUAUGCAAUAGCACAUGCCAUUCAUAAUGCAGUGUGUCAGGACACAAAUUCUACAAUUCAGUGUGACAAAUUCUCUAGGACAGAAGCAAAACAGGUUCUUACUCAGCUAAAGAAAGUACAUUUUUCCCAAAAUGGUUAUGAUGUGUCAUUUGAUGCCAACGGGGAUCCUGUGGCCACAUACGAGCUGGUGAACUGGCAAAAAAGUAAUAGUGGCAGCAUUGAGAUGGUAACAGUAGGGUACUAUGAUGCAUCACUGCCGGUGGGCCAGGAGUUCCGUAUCAACAAGAACCUCACCUGGGUGGAGGGUGGUACAAAAGUGCCUGUGUCAGUGUGCAGUAACAGCUGUCGUCCAGGAACUCGUAAAGUGCUGCAGAAAGGAAAACCCAUCUGCUGUUAUGACUGUAUACCAUGUCCUGAGGGAGAGAUAAGCAAUGUUACAGAUUCCCCUGAUUGUUUCCCUUGCCUCAAGGAGUUCUGGCCUAAUGCAGAGAGAGACACUUGUUUCCCCAAGCCUGUAGAGUUUCUUUCCUUUGACGAGGUCCUAGGAAUCAUCCUGGCUGCAUUCUCUGUUGGUGGUGCCUGUCUUGCCAUUAUAACAGCGGCUGUGUUUUUUCAUCACAGAACAUCCCCGAUUGUCAGGGCCAACAACUCUGAACUGAGCUUCCUGCUGCUUUUCUCCCAGACUCUGUGUUUCUUAUGUUCAUUAACUUUCAUUGGAGCACCCUCUGAGUGGUCCUGCAUGCUGCGCCACACAGCGUUUGGGAUCACCUUUGUCCUCUGCAUCUCUUGCGUUCUCGGAAAAACUAUAGUAGUGUUAAUGGCCUUCAAAGCCACACUCCCAGGUAGUAAUGUUAUGAAAUGGUUUGGUCCUCCACAGCAAAGAAUGACUGUAGUGUCUUUCACAUUCAUUCAAGUUUUAAUAUGUAUUAUUUGGUUGGUAGUCAGUCCCCCUUUUCCAAUGAAAAACCUAACUGUAUACAAGGAGAGAAUCAUCCUGGAGUGUGCAUUAGGUUCAGCUAUUGGGUUCUGGGCUGUACUCGGGUACAUAGGCCUACUUGCUGCCUUUUGCUUAGUGUUAGCUGUCCUAGCCCGGAAACUACCUGAUAAUUUUAAUGAAGCCAAGCUUAUCACAUUCAGCAUGCUGAUAUUCUGUGCAGUCUGGAUCACCUUUAUCCCAGCGUAUGUCAGCUCUCCUGGGAAAUUUACAGUGGCUGUAGAGAUAUUUGCCAUUCUGGCCUCUAGUUUUGGACUAAUACUGUGUAUAUUUGCUCCAAAGUGUUUCAUCAUAUUGUUUAAACCAGAGAAGAACACAAAGAAACAUUUAAUGAACAAAAGGAUGGAGAUCUCAGCUCUCUUUAUUGGCCUGAUCUUGUCUCUUGGUUUGUGUGAGCUGAACUCAGCUCUUGCCUUGAACAAAUCUGAUAAUGAUCUAAAACAAGGGGCUGGGUUUACAGAGGAUAGAACUGUUGCUGGGUUCAGCACUGAGGCCUCAUCAGUGAAAUGUAAGCUCCAGGGUACCGCUCUUCAACCUGCAUUCUCAAUGGAUGGUGACUACGUUAUUGGGGGUGUUUUCUCCAUACACAACUACAUGCACACAGUGAAGCACAACUACACCACCAUGCCUGAGCCACUUAAGUGUGCAGGGAGCAUUGACUCCCGUGAAGUGCGCUUCUCACGUGCAAUGAUCUUUGCCAUUGAGGAGAUCAACAACAGCACAAAGCUGCUGCCGGGCAUCAAACUCGGUUAUCAGAUCCACGACUCAUGCGCAUCAGUGUCCCUUGCUGUGCAUGUGGCAUUUCAGCUUUCAAAUGGACUGGACCCAGUGUUUUACACUGGCGACAACUGCUCUCAAUCUGGUAUGGUGAUGGCUAUUGUCGCUGAGUCUGGGUCCACGCCAUCCAUCAGCAUAUCACGCAUCAUCGGGUCCUUUAACAUUCCCCAAGUGAGCCACUUUGCCACUUGUGCAUGUCUGUCCGAUAAGCAGCAGUUCCCAACUUUCUUCAGAACAAUCCCUAGUGACCAGUUCCAGGCUGAUGCACUGGCCAAGCUUGUAAAACACUUUGGCUGGACUUGGAUAGGUGCUGUCCAUUCAGAUUCAGACUAUGGCAAUAAUGGCAUGGCAUCUUUCUUAAACGCAGCACAGAAGUUGGGGAUCUGCAUCGAAUACUCUGUAUCUUUCUAUCGGACCCACCCACGUAACAGGAUCCAGAGAGUGGCUGAUGUUAUCCGCAGGUCAACAGCUAUGGUUGUUGUGGCAUUUACAGCCUCUGGAGACAUGGGUAUUCUGCUGGAGGAGCUGUCACAAGAGCCUUCUCCACCUCGCCAGUGGAUAGGCAGUGAGGCCUGGGUAACUGACCCAAACAUGCUGAGGUUCAGCUUCUGUACUGGAGCCAUCGGAUUUGGCAUUCAGCGAUCUGUCAUCCCAGGUCUGAGAGAAUUCCUGCUGGAUCUCCCUCCCUCUAAAGUGGCUGCCUCUCCACUGCUUACUGAGUUCUGGGAGGAUGCAUUCAACUGCAGGCUGGGAAAAAGUGCAGCCACAGAUGAGAGUGUGUGUGAUGGAUCUGAAGACAUACGGACUCUCCAGAGCCCAUACACUGACACAUCUCAACUUCGAAUCACUAACAUGGUGUACAAGGCUGUUUAUGCAAUAGCACAUGCCAUUCAUAAUGCAGUGUGUCAGGAUGCAAAUUCUACAACUCAGUGUGACAAAAUCAACAGGAUAGAGUCAAAACAGGUUCUUACUCAGCUAAAGAAAGUAAAUUUUUCCCAAAAUGGUUAUGAUGUGUCAUUUGAUGCCAAUGGGGAUCCUGUGGCCACAUACGAACUAGUGAACUGGCAAAAAAGUGAGAGUGGCGGCGUUGAUUUGGUGACAGUAGGGUACUAUGAUGAAUCACUGCCAGUGGGCCAGGAGUUCCGUAUCAACAAGAACCUCACCUGGAUGGAGGGUGGUACACAAGUGCCUGUAUCAGUGUGCAGUAACAGCUGUCCUCCAGGAACUCGUAAAGUGCUGCAGAAAGGAAAACCCAUUUGCUGUUAUGACUGUAUACCGUGUCCUGAGGGAGAGAUUAGCAAUACUACAGAUUCUCCUGAUUGUUUCCCUUGCCCCAAGGAGUUCUGGCCUAACGCAGAGAGAGACACUUGUUUCCCCAAGCCUGUAGAGUUUCUUUCCUUUGACGAGGUCCUAGGAAUCAUCCUGGCUGCAUUCUCUGUUGGUGGUGCCUGUCUUGCCAUUAUAACAGCGGCUGUGUUCUUUCGUCACAGAACAUCCCCGAUUGUCAGGGCCAACAACUCUGAACUGAGCUUCCUGCUGCUCUUCUCCCUGACUCUGUGUUUCUUAUGUUCAUUAACUUUCAUUGGAGCACCCUCUGAGUGGUCCUGCAUGCUUCGCCACACAGCGUUUGGGAUCACCUUUGUCCUCUGCAUCUCUUGUGUUCUUGGAAAAACUAUAGUAGUGUUAAUGGCCUUCAAAGCCACACUCCCAGGUAGUAAUGUUAUGAAAUGGUUUGGUCCUCCACAGCAAAGAAUGACUGUAGUGUCUUUCACAUUCAUUCAAGUUUUAAUAUGUACUAUUUGGUUGGUUGUUAGUCCCCCUUUUCCAAUGAAAAACCUAACUGUAUACAAGGAGAGAAUCAUCCUGGAGUGUGCAUUAGGUUCAGCUAUUGGGUUCUGGGCUGUACUCGGGUACAUAGGCCUACUUGCUGCCUUUUGCUUAGUGCUAGCUGUCCUAGCCCGGAAACUACCUGAUAAUUUUAAUGAAGCCAAGCUUAUCACAUUCAGCAUGCUGAUAUUCUGUGCAGUCUGGAUCACCUUUAUCCCAGCGUAUGUCAGCUCUCCUGGGAAAUUUACAGUGGCUGUAGAGAUAUUUGCCAUUCUGGCCUCUAGUUUUGGACUAAUACUGUGUAUAUUUGCUCCGAAGUGUUUCAUCAUAUUGUUUAAGCCAGAGAAAAAUACCAAGAAACAUCUAAUGAACAAAAAUGAAUCCUAAAACAUCUAGUUUGAAAAUAGUUCAUUUAUAACAUUAAAUAUAGAACCUAUGCUAUGCACAUCCAAUACAGACAUCUAGCUGAAGUUUUUAUAUAUUAUACAUUUUCUACAUUUCAAUGUAACUAUAAAGGAUACACUAUAAAACUAUGAACUAUGUCAUUUUAAUAUGUUAUAGUAUUAUUUUACAAAUAAUGUUUCAACAUGUCAUAAAGUUAAAAUUCUAAACACAAA